AUGUAUACGAAAAAAGGCUUCGCCUUGCUGGCGACUUUCCUGCUGCUGUUCCAUAGCCUCCUGGUUGGCGCUGAUAAUACCGCCAAUUUACAAGAUCGUCAAGACCACGCCUAUGACCAAGACCAAGACGGUCCAGAUCUUGUCCAUAUCGAUAGACGUGAGGAACUUACUCACCUCCACGAGCGAGCCGAAAUGGAGAAGCGCCACUAUGCAACUUUAUUGAGCUCCAUGCUUGCGGAUGAGACGCAGACAACUACCUUGGGGCCAGCAUAUGGAGGAACCGGAAAAUACAAAAGAGACACCUAUUUCUGCUCUGGCACUGGGAAUGGGCCUGGAUCGGGAGCAGGAAUCUCUGGUAUCGGCGGUAGCCCAAGCAGCAUUAUCCUGAGCAGUCCAUCCUCUGUAUGUCCACUGGCGAGCGCUUUGUGUGCCGCUUGUCCUCAGACUACAGCUACCACGACUGUCACAUCGACUGUCACGGCGACGAGCAUAAGCUGUCCAUCCUCGGCAGUGGCUACAAGUCGCGCGUUUACCGAACGCCCAUUCUCAUUCUCGGCCGGACGUACCCCAUCUUCAUCGACUGUUGUCUUGUCGACCCCUCUCUUGAGCUCCCGGCUCGAGACUUCAAGCAGGUCAAUCAGCAGACUAUCCAUCCGACCGUCCACCCAGCCACCCCUGGGACCAACGACCCGAAGUUCGACACCACUAUUCCGCAUAUCAUCGACACCAGUGGUCAGCACAUUGCUGACACUUCCGACCUCGACCGUAGCUCCAAAUCUACGUUCUAGUCUGAGUAGCCCAUCUGCGGCCGCGAUCACUAGUGCGCGGGCAUCCAUCACUGCUGGCAUCGUUCGACGAGCUAUAGUGAGCGUCACCUUUGGAAAUAGGACUGCGGUGUUUACCAAUACGACUAGCUUCCAUAACUCGACCUCGACCUCGACCUUGACCUCGACGCUCGCUGCUCUGAACAUGACGAGUACCUCGAAGGAGACGACAACUACAGAUGUUAGGUCAUUCCCUCGUUUCAAGAAUCGGGUUCGCUUCCAUUAA